AAAAAAAAUUGGUUAAAAUAAAAAAGUGCUUCUCUGCUCCAUCCCAGUGGGGAUGCAGCAGUUCGAGUGUGUUAUGGAGUUACUGCUGUCCUCUAGGCCUGCUUGGGAUUCUGCUUUGGGGUCUUGCUUUGAGGUGCUACUUUGUGGUUCUGCUUUGGGGUGCUGCUUGGGGUCCUGCUUAGGGGGUGUUGCUUUAGAGUGCACCUUUGGAUGCUGCUUUGAGGUCCUGUUUUGGGGUUCUGCUUUGAGAUGCCCCUUUGGGUGCUGCUUGGGGUCCUGCUUUGGGGUCUUGCUUUGUGUUGCUGCUUUGGGGUCCUGCUUUGAGGUGCCACUUUGGGGUCUCAGCAGUGCAGUGUUCCCAGCCUGGGGGGUUUGUCCUGAUGCCUUUAUUUGUUCAGCACCAGCGUUUGGGAGAUUUGGGGCUGGUGCUUUGGGGUUGUCACUUGCCCCAGGUCUGGUGCUGGGGUGAAAAGCCGAAUGGAAGUGAUGGCUCUGCAAAAAAAUGUUUUUGCAAGCAGGGCAAAGAAGUCACUUUGGGUCAGCCAAAGUCAUGUUUUCCUUAGGAAAUGACUCUGGCUUGCUCCACAGAGACUUGCAACUCUGGCGGGAGGGUGGCAGUGUUGAGCACCCCAUGGCUCAGGGUGCUCCUCUCUGCGUGGGGUGUGCAGUGUCCAAAUGCCACCUAGUGGCACUGGGUGCUGCAGGGAGCGAGGCUUCAGUGGGUUGGUGCUGCAGUGGGGUGUUGAGGAAGGAAUGGGUUUGAUGCUGCAGUGGGGUUGAGUUGGGUAAGCAACAGGUUUGGUGCUGCCAUGAUGUUGAGUUGGGUAGGCAAUAAGUCCAGCAGGGAUCCUUGGGUUUCCUGUGCAAACCAACCCAAAUCCUGUGUUUCUGUCCCCAACAUUGGGUGCGAAAAAGGAGGCAAUCCACAAACAGAUCCCUCAGGUUCCCUCUAACUGGGAUUACUGCGGCAGCUGUCACUCUCCCUGCAGGGCCAGCCAGCCCUGAAAUCCUAUUACUGAGUUUCAAGAGAAAGAAAAAGUUAAUCGUCUCCUCUGCGCACUCCUGUGCUGCUGGCACUGGGGCUGAGGCUGCACCCAUGGAACCUGCUCUGAUCCUAUAGGCGCUGCAGCGAUGCCACUGCAGACAGAGAUCCUGCGUGAGGUGUGGGCCACCGACAGCCCCAGCGAGGAGCCGAGCAGCCCUCAGCAGCAGCGGCUGAAGCAGGUGAGGAGAAAUUCUUCUGUGGGCUGAGGAUGGGUGAACCCCCUGGCCCACGCUGUGGUGGGAGUGGAGUGGGGUUGGUCAGUCCUGAGUGAGUGCAGGCAUUUGUGGGACCCCACUCUGCUUCUGAUUUGUGCAUCCUUCCCAAGCCCAUCUCCAUCCCAUCAGAUGGGGUCUCAGCUCUUAAUUAGUGCUUUAUUUAAGCCUUUCAGCUGUCAGCAGUGUCACUUUCCAGGCUGUGACCCCUUCUAGGUAUGGCUGCAUUUUGAGGCAGCCCUUUGGGACAGCCCCUGACAGAGGGGUCUCUGCAGCAAUCUGAGUACUCUGCUGUAAUUAGCAGACUUUGUUAAGUAACAAAGUGAAGGGCCAUCCUGCCCCUGUGCUGCUUAAGCGAUUAAAGGAGAGAAAGAGCUUUUUUUGUAGCCAGCUGAAAGAAUUUGGGAUUUGCAGCCCCACCACAAGACCCUGAGGAAUAUGCACUGGGAGAUGGCAGUGGGUUAGUGCUGUGGGGCAGAUCCAUCCUUUUGUGGUGCUGAAGUGCUGGGGCUCUGCCUGGGAAGGACCCCCCCCAGAGCAAAUCCCUCACAAAGGGAGGAAUGCUUUGCACCCAGACGUGACCAGUGCUGAUGCAAUCAGUGCUGUGUCACUCCUGGGGGACCCCGACCAGGUACCCUCUCCCCUGAUGUCCCCUGCCUGGUGCUGAACCACAUGCUCUGCAUUUGGUAAAUCAGCAUUAUUUAUAGCCCAGGGUAAAGAGGAUUAGGUGUGCUGCCUUUAAUCCCCCGCUUCCUCCUGCCCUGCUUCUGCUGACCUCGAUCCCUGCAGUUCUGGUGUCCCCAGCCUGUCUCAGCACAUGGCCUUCAAUCUCCACCCCACAGUCCGGUUUCCAUAGGAAACACGUGGGCGAGAGGAGCCGGGGGGAUUCUGAUCCCCACACCCCUGUGUAUUCCUUGCGGCUCUCAUAUGGCGGUAUAGCAGGAUGUCCCCCAUCCCCUGGACAAGCACAGUGUGGUACUGCUGCCCUCCAAUCUCUCUGCUAACAGCCCGUUCUGUUUCCUUCCCGCUAUCCUUCUGUGGGCUGAUCCCAUGGUAAGUUGUUCAUGUAAGAGUGCAGCACGUCUCUUGCAAGAGCUUUUGCAAGAACAAUGCAAGAGCCACCGUGCUCUUACAGCAUCCCUUUCCAAAAUGCACCAGUGUGCUCCAGCUGCUGUAAGAGCAGAUGCUGAACCAUGGCACGGUCUCUGCAGCAUCAUCUGUGGGGCAGAAGCUGAAGAAGAAGCGGCAGGAGCCAGCAGUGGAGCCCGAAGCCAAACCACGACGGCUGCGGGUGAAGAAGCCGAGUGAGCCCAGGGCUACCGAGGAGCCCCACGGCCCAGUGCAGGGGGUGAAGAAAGUGGGGAAGAAAAAGGAGAAAGGAGAAGAGGAGGGUGAUAAGCAGCCCAGCUCCAAACCCCUCCGGGAGCCUCGGAAGAAAAAGGAGAGCUCAGCGCCUCGAUCCCAUGUGGCCGAAGGCCUAAAGAAGCAGCAAGAGGCAUCUGAGGAGGAGGAGGAGGAGGAGGAGGAGGAAGAUGAGAUGGAGAGUAAAGAUCCUCCCAAAAAGCUGAAGAAGAAACUGACCAAAGAGCCACCCUCAGGGGAGAAGAAGCUGAAAGCAAAGGGUGACAAAAGUGAUGCUGACAGCAAAGCCAAAUCCACCAAAAGCGCCAAGAAGGAGCCAACAUCCGUGUUCCAUGUGAGCGGGGAGAAGAAGGAAAAGAAGAGCAAAAAGAAAGCUGCCACUGGCAGCGAUGAGGAGGAUGACUCCGAUGCCAGUACCAAACCUAUCCGAUCGGGUAAGAAGAAUCCGGUGUCACUCUUCCAGACCGGUGGGGAUCCUCCCAGGGAGAGAAAAACCAGGAAGAAAGUCCCUAAAGCAGCAGAGAGCGAAGAGGAGACCUUGGAGACACAGCAGAAGAACUCCAACAAGAAGGGCAAAGGGAAGAAAUCUAAGAAGAAGGAGGAGAGGCCGCUGUCACCUGUCAUCGAGGUGGACAACCUGGAGAAGUUUGUGCUGUCCCCAGCGCCACAGGGGGUGACCAUCAAGUGCCGAGUGACGCGGGACAAGAGGGGUAUGGACCGGGGCCUGUACCCCACCUACUACCUGCACCUGGAUAACGACAAAAAGGUCUUCCUGCUUGCUGGGAGGAAGCGUAAGAAGAGCAAAACCUCCAACUACCUCAUCUCCAUCGAUCCUACAGACCUGUCGCGGGGUGGGGAGAACUUCAUAGGGAAGCUGAGGUCCAACCUGAUGGGGACCAAGUUCACCGUGUUUGACAAUGGCGCUAACCCUGAUCGGGCCAGUGCCGAUUGGUCCAAUGUGCGUCAGGAGCUGUCGGCUGUGGUUUAUGAGACCAAUGUGCUGGGGUUCAAAGGACCCCGGAAGAUGACAGUUAUCAUCCCUGGGAUGAACUCAGACAACGAGCGGGUGCCCAUCCGGCCCCGAAAUGACAAUGACGGGUUGCUCACGAGGUGGCAGAACAAGAACAUGGACAACAUUAUCGAGCUGCACAACAAGGCGCCGGUGUGGAAUGACGAGACCCAGUCCUAUGUCCUCAACUUCCACGGCCGUGUCACCCACGCCUCCGUCAAAAACUUCCAGAUUGUGCACGGCAGUGACCCUGAUUACAUUGUGAUGCAGUUUGGACGUGUGGCAGAUGACGCCUUCACCAUGGACUACAACUACCCACUGUGUGCUGUGCAGGCCUUUGCCAUUGCUCUCUCCAGCUUUGAUGGGAAGCUGGCCUGCGAGUAGCUCCAUGCUGUCCUGUCCCCAUCCGCUCCCCCGGUUCCUGUGUCUGACACCGUUCCAUUGGGCACUGCUCCUUUGGGCACCACUCUGUCAGGCACCAUUUGGGCGCUGCUUGCCUGGCUGUGGACACCUUCCCUGGGCACUGGUUACUGGUCUCAGGCAGAAGGCAGAGUUAAACCUGGAAUUUCUCUCUUUUUUUAGCUUCUGUUUUGUAUUUUGUAGCACAAUCUUUAAACAAGAAGAGGACGUGA